GCAUUAACUGGCAUCUGCAGCGAUGUUAAUGUUUCUGGCAGCAGUCAGAUUAUUUCUCUCCCGUCCUGGAUGCAGCAGGGUAUACAAUGAAUCCCUUCCAUGGAUCCGUUGGACCCUUGGCCUGCUGCUUCUCUGUACUGCUGAUGCAGACAGUGGUAGAAAACCUAAUUUUGUCUUUAUGAUGGUGGACGAUUUAGGAAUUGGAGACCUUGGAUGCUAUGGAAACACAACACUGAGGACGCCUAACAUUGACAGACUGGCCCUGGAAGGGGUGAAACUGACCCAACACAUAGCUGCUGCACUCUGCACUCCCAGCAGGGCAGCCUUCCUCACAGGCAGAUACCCGAUUCGAUCAGGUAUGGCUGCACAUGGGCGUAUGGGAGUUUUUCUCUUUUCUGCAUCGUCAGGAGGCCUUUCACAAGAAGAAAUCACCUUUGCCAAGGCUGUCAAAGAGCAAGGCUAUUCUACUGCUGUAUUCGGGAAAUGGCACUUGGGUCUCAACUGUGAAGACAGUGCUGACCACUGCCACCAUCCUAACUCUCAUGGCUUUGACUACUUCUAUGGCACCAUUAUGACGCACCUUCGGGACUGCCAGCCUGGACAUGGCUCUGUUCUAUAUUUCGUCCAUGGUUACAUCCCAUACAAGGCCCUUAGUAUUGGUCUAGUUUCCCUGGCGUUACUCCAUAUUAAAGGCAUGAUAACUGUGACCAGGAGGGUAGUUUUUGGUUUUCUGGUCCUGGUAGGGGUAGUGGUGAGUUUCUUUGGUGUGUUGGUGUACACAUUCCCCAAUCUAAAUUGCUUUGUCAUACGAGGGCCAGAGAUUGUGGAGCAACCAUAUACAUCAGAAAACCUCACACAAAGGAUGACCAGUGAAGCCACAGAGUUUCUGGAAAGGAAUUCAGAGAGGCCAUUCUUGCUCUUCUUCUCAUUCCUCCAAGUCCACACUGGACUAUUUGCCUCUCCUCUCUUCAGGGGAAGAAGUCAGCAUGGCCUCUAUGGUGAUGCUGUCAUGGAGGUAGACUGGAGUGUAGGUCAGAUCAUGCAGACUUUGGAGUGCUUAAACUUGAAGGAAAACACACUGGUGUACAUGACUUCAGAUCAGGGGCCUCACCUGGAAGAGAUUUCCAUCAAUGGAGAGAUGCAUGGGGGUUAUAGCGGCAUAUACAAAGCUGGCAAGUCAACUAACUGGGAAGGUGGGAUUCGGAUACCGGGGAUUCUUCAUUGGCCAGGUGUCUUACCUGCAGGGAAGGUCAUUGAUGAGCCCACUAGCAACAUGGAUAUUUUCCCCACGGUGCUGAAUUUAGCUGGUGCUUCCAUACCCAGCGACAGAGUCAUUGAUGGUCAUGAUCUCUUGCCUCUGUUGCAAGGGCAAGUGGAGCGUUCUGAACAUGAAUUUAUGUUUCAUUACUGCAAUGCCCAGCUGAAUGCUGUCAGAUGGCACCCACCUAACAGUAACGCAAUCUGGAAGGCCUUUUUCUUUACCCCUGACUUCUACCCAGAGAACAGCUCAGCCUGCUUCCACACUCAUAUCUGCCUCUGCAUCAAGCCAUACGUCACGUUCCAUGACCCUCCGCUGCUUUAUGACCUGUCGAAAGACCCGACAGAAAGCACCCCCCUGAGUCCAGACACUGAGCCCCAGUUCUACUCAGUUCUGGAGGUCAUAAGGGCAGCAGUAAGCCAUCAUGCAGAGAGUCUGAAGCCUGUCCCAGUACAGGUUUCUCCUCUGCAAAUAGUAUGGAAGCCAUGGCUCCAGCCCUGCUGCUCCUCUCUCAGUCAGCUGUGCACGUGUGAACGAGAUCAUCAGAUAGAGGAGCUACGAAAUGAGCUUAAAAAAGAAUAGUCAGGUACUCCGAAUCCUCUGGCUCUAAUGCACAAGAAGGGCAUGCAAUACUUAAAAGGAUAGUUCAUAUAAAAAAAAAAUACAAAUAAAAAGUCCCAAGCCUGUGACUUAAUUUCUCUGUAGAACACAAAAGAAGGUAUUUUGGUUCACAAAAGAAGAAAACUGGUAACCUAACAGUUUUGACUUCAUUGACUUCUGUUCUAUAUCUUCUUUUAUGCUAAACAGAAAAAAGAAAGUCAUACAGAUUUGGAUCGAAAUGAGGGCGAGUAAAGAUGACAGUUUAAAUUUUUGGGUGAACUGUCCGUACAACAUUAGCUUAAAUACUAAUUUAAAAGUGCGGUCACAUUUAAUGUUGUUCAGAGAAUUUUGUGGACGAAAUGCUGUAAUUUCCACACAAUUGGCAAUUUUGCGAGGGCAAGAAAAUGUUCACUCAGAUUCGGCAUGUUUGCCACAAAGUUGCUUGGUUUAAAAGCGACUUCUGUGUGAGCUGUGCUUCAUACAUCGCUAAUCUAUUGACGGCAGACAAUGGUCAGUUUUUACCUGCAAAAAUGUUACCAAAAUUUGGCUGAUUUAACCGAAUUGUAAUGCAAUUUCACUGUAAAAAAUAUAAAGAACCAUAAUAUCCUAUAUAGGUUUGAAAUAAAGAGAAGAAAAGGAAAGGAAAAACAAAACAUUUUCUAGCCAAAUUUGUAUCAAGAUAGUACAUCUAAGGUCAUUUGCAACAGUGUUUGUAAGCACAGCCAGGUUCCCUGUUCUGAGUUCUGUAUUCCUCCUAGCCUGGAGAUGCAUCAUCCUGAUUGAACAUUGUAAGGUCAGGGAUUUUGUG